AUGAUGAAGCUCCAGAUCCCAUUCCUCGUCACGACAGCGUCCUCGGAAGACGAUGAACACCCGUCAAUUCACCUUCAGUCGUCGACGUCGCACGGGUGGCAGUCCUCCAAGCUGUGCGAAUACCCGCAGGAGCUCGUGCUCAUGGUCAACCACGGCCACGGCGUCCGCGUCUCCAAGUGCCAAGUGCUCGUGCACCAGACCAAGAUUCCGUCCCGCAUUGACGUGCAGAUCAAACCCCGGCUUGACGCUGCCUUUGCACUGCUGGGGUACGUGGCGCUCGACUCGAACGUCGCGACGCAGUACAACGCCCGCGAGCUCAAGACGAUCUUGAUCGACCGCGACGUCGCGUACCUCAAGCUCGUGCUGCGCAGCUGCCACCGGAAUCGCCUCAACGUCUUUGACCAAGUCGGUCUUGUCUCGGUGGUGUUGUACGGCCAAACCGCAGUGGACCCGCAGAGCCCCAAGAAACUCAAGGCGACCCUGUCUCUCAACCCCGUGCAACGACCAAGUAGUCGCAACGAUGCACACUACGACGGCUUUGCAGUGCCGCACCCAACGCAACGAGGGGUUCGUGUCUCGCUGCGCGAGGUCCUCGACCACCUUCGACGGUCGCGCCAAAUGUGCGUCGACGCCCACGACUAUGCCCUGGCCAAGACGCUCAAGGGCCACGAAGAUACGUGCGCCAUGUAUGCCCAGUCGCUCCAGCAGCUCCAGAGCCAAAAGUGCACUGUCGUCGCCAACGAGGACUUUGAGGCGGCGACACUUCUCAAACUCGAGAUGGACGCAGUGCUAAGCAACGUCGCGGGCCUCUUGGCAAUGGCGCUGAGCGCUGUGCCCGACACCCCCGCCCUCCCAAGCCCCAAACGGACGACGACCAUGCCGGCGUUGGUGACCCGCCGCCCGGAAACGAACGCCACGCGCCCCCUCUCGGCGAUUGAAAAGACACAAGACGCCGAGCCACUGCCACCAGACUUUCUCACCGCGUCCGAGGCGAUUCUUGCGGCCGUCUGUCCGCUGCGCGUACUUGCAGAAGCAUGCAGCUCUCACGCCCACCUACGCGACCGAAGUCUGCCCCAGCUAAUGACGAUCUUUGAGCACAUGGCGCCCGACGCACUUCCUGGCACUGUCUACCUUGCGUGGUUGGGCGUUGGCUGCGUCUCGCCUUUGGAACACGUGGUGGCGGUGGCCACGCGGCUGCUGGUGCUGCUUGUAGGUCGACUUCGCGACGUUGAUGGCUUUUUGCAGGCGUUGCCUGACGUUCUCGCACAACUGCUGCAUCGCUUGGGCGAUGGCUCCAGCGCCAUCCGCAACCUCGCGGCCAGCGCGCUUCUUCAGCUGGCCCAGCCGUCGCACGUCGACGCACCCGUCGUUGUGGCUGCCAUUAAAGACUACGUUGAGCAAACUGCCAGUGUUCACUGGCGUGUCCUCUACGGGCUCUUGCGGCUUUCGACCAUGCUACUCGGUGACUUCCAUAGCGUCACAAGCAACGACCUGACUGUACUGAUGCCCUUUUUUUCGCGCCACAGUGCCUUUGGCCAUGCUGUGCAGCAAGUGGCCGACGCCGCCGACCAGCUGGUUGUCACGAUCUACCACGAGCUCGGAAGCGCCUGUGUCGAACCUUUCUUGGAUGCCAACGAGUGCGCCCGCUACGAAGCGCUGGUGCUCGACGAGUGGGGCCCACCCCAUUGA